GGGUAACUGCUUGUCACACAAAGGCCAAGCAAUCGUGAGGCGAUCUUUUGGCGACGCCACAAUGUGCAAAGGCGAGCCUUGGGCCUUUGAUGUUAUACUUCGACAUAACAUUCUUAAGUUCUAAACGUUCCUGACAUUGUUACCUCUGUCUAGUUCUCGAAGUUAGAGGGCGAGCGAGUCGAGCCGCUCAUUACACGGAACCCUCAGUCCUGCAGAAUCAUGUCGAGAUCGGGAUCAGGAUACGACGCGGUCGUGGACGUGGACGACGAGGGCGACCUUGGCCACACUGACCUUCAAGACGACCUCGAAUUCCACGCGUCCAACUUCAACGACACCCCUGCCAACGCCCGCAAAGCGCCCUCCUCGGGGCUCCCGCCUCCCGUGACAGCAUCUGGCGGCAGCUCCUCCAAGCGAUUCCUCUGGACAAUUUCUUUCUAUGCGCAGUUCUUUGAUGUCGAUACCUCAGCCGUUCUGCAGCGCUGCGGGGCGGCCCUCUUCCCGCGCGCCAACUUUCUGGACGUCCUCGAGGGCAACCCCGACCUGUACGGACCUUUCUGGAUCGCGACCACGGUCGUCUUGGUACUGUUCCUGGGAGGCACGAUAAGCCAGUACCUCUCGCAAAACGACAAGGCGCCGUUUGCUUACGACUUUACGCUCCUCAGCGGCGCUGCUGGCUUGAUCUACGGAUACACGCUAUUCAUCCCGGUCGGUCUCUUCCUCGCCCUGCGCUACUUUGGCAGCGAGCUCGCCAACCUCCUCGAGUGCUGGUCUCUCUACGGCUACGCCAACCUCGUCUGGGUCGUUGUCGCCUUUGUCAGCUGGUCCCCUCUCGAGAUCCUCAACUGGGCCUUUGUCAUUGUCGGUUUCGGCAUGUCUGUCGCGUUUCUCCUGCGCAACUUGUACCCCGUGCUCAGCGCGACAGACCGCCAGACCAGCAAGAUCCUCCUUAUUGUGGUGGUGAUGCUGCACGCUGGCCUUGCGCUGGCCAUCAAGAUCCUGUUCUUUGCGCAUGGGAGUCCCGUGGCCAGGGCGCCUGGGGAGGGAGGUCCGGACAAGGGUGGCGACAGCUCCAAGAUGAUGUUUUUCUAAACCACAAGGCGGCACCCUGUUCACAAAGCAGAAAAGGUUCCGGUUUCACUUGUACGAGAUAGGCUGGUCAUUAUUACCUGGUAGAUUGGGUGAAGGCGU